AUGGACGAGGCGGAGACGCUCGGGGAUCGCAUUGCCAUCAUGGCCGCGGGCAAGGUCAAGUGCGUGGGCUCCGCGCUGUUCUUGAAGUCCCAGUACGGGGUCGGCUACACCCUCACCAUUGCCAAGACUCCCCAGCCAACGGCCGAGCAGUCGAGGGCCCUGGACUCCCUCAUCCACGCCCGCUGCACGCGCGCGGAGCGCCUGAGCGACGUAGGCACUGAGCUGACCUACCGCAUGCCUUUCGAGGAAAGCGGCAACUUCCCCGAGCUCUUCCAAAGCCUCGAACAGCAACCCGAGCGCUACGGCAUCCAGCUCUUCGGUGUGUCCGUGACGACUCUGGAGGAGGUUUUCCUCCGCGUGGGCCGUGACCAUACAGAGGCCGACAUCGCGGCGGACGAGCGUUUGCAACAGGCCAGCUUUGUGCGACAGAUAUCCGCCGAAAGGGAGGAACGCGCCAUGAAUUCCUUUACCCAAGCAGUCGAGGAGAUGCGGAGGAGUGGGGGAUCGCAGAUGGAUGAGCCGCUGACGGAAGCGAGGCGGGCCGAGUCAUCCGUGAGCUUCGCACGGCACGUGCGUGCCAUGCUGGUCAAGCGCUUUCACAAUGCGCGGAGGGAUCGAAAGGCCUGGUGUUGUCAAAUUGUGCUGCCUCUGAUCUUCCUCCUUGUGGCAUUGCUGACCAUGCGCUUCGCCGGCAUCGGUGACUACGAGGCCGUGCCCCUGAGCGCGACCAGCCUCCCCGGGCCUCAGCGCUUCGUCGCGGGCUUCGGUGAGUCGGUGACUUCAGCUCAGGUUGCAGACUUCUUGAAGGGUGCCUCGCUUGACGUCGAGCAG